AUGGCCUUCUCCCAGGUGCAGUGCCUGGACGACAGCCACGUCAACUGGCGCUCCAGCGAGGCCAAGCCCGAGUUCUUCUACAGCGAGGAGCAGCGGCUGGCGCUGGAGGCGCUGGUGGCCGACGGCCCCGACGCCUUCUACGCGGUGCUCAAGCGGGAGAACAUUCGGGACUUCCUCUCCGAGCUGGAGCUCAAGCGCAUCCUGGAGACCAUCGAGGUGUACGACCCGGGGUCCGAGGACCCCAGGGACCUGGGCCGUCCCCGGGGGCCCGCGGAGGACGGUGUGGGGAAGGAGGAGGAGGAGGCCGGAGCCGGGGACGGCGCCCCCCACGAGGCUGAGCCACCCCCCUCGCUGGAGUACUGGCCCCAGAAGUCGGACCGCUCCAUCCCUCAGCUGGACCUGGGCUGGCCCGACACCAUCGCCUACCGCGGGGUGACCCGGGCCAGCGUCUACAUGCAGCCGCCCAUUGAUGGACAGGCCCACAUCAAAGAGGUGGUCCGCAAGAUGAUCAGCCAAGCCCAGAAGGUGAUAGCUGUGGUCAUGGACAUGUUCACCGAUGUGGACAUCUUCAAGGACCUGGUGGACGCCGGCUUCAAGAGGAAGGUGGCCGUGUACAUCAUCGUGGACGAGAGCAAUGUCAAGUACUUCCUGCACAUGUGCGAGCGCGCCCGCAUGCACCUGGGGCACCUCAAGAAUCUCAGGGUGCGGAGCAUCGGGGGGACGGAGUUCUUCACUCGGUCAGCCACCAAGUUCAAGGGCGCCCUGGCCCAGAAGUUCAUGUUUGUGGAUGGAGACCGGGCCAUCUGCGGCUCCUACAGCUUCACGUGGUCAGCCGCGAGGACGGACCGGAACGUCAUCUCUGUGCUGUCGGGCCAGGUGGUGGAGAUGUUUGACCGGCAGUUCCAGGAGCUCUACCUCAUGUCGCACGGCGUCAGCCUCAAGGGUGUCCCCAUGGACAAGGAACCUGAGCCUGAGCCCAUCUUGCUGCCCACGGUGGUCCCUCUGGCGCCCUCAGGCACCGUGGCCAAGAAGCUGGUCAACCCCAAGUAUGCCCUGGUCAAGGCCAAGAGCGCCGAUGAGAUCGCCAAGACGUCCUCCGAGAAGCAGGAGGCCAAGAGGCCCCCUGGGCUGCGGGGCGCAGUGCUGGCCGAGCGGCCCGGGGACUUCAUGGAGCCACCGCCGCUCGUGCACCCGGGGCUGCUAAACCUGGAGCGCGCCAACAUGUUCGAGUACCUGCCCACGUGGGUGGAGCCUGACCCCGAGCCCGGCAGCGACAUCCUGGGCUACAUCAACAUCAUCGACCCCAACAUCUGGAACCCCCAGCCCAGCCAGAUGAACCGCAUCAAGAUCCGGGACACGUCCCAGACAGGCGCCCAGCUGUGGAAGCAGAGCCGGGACAGCGGCCCCAGCCCCACGCCCAGUGCCCCCCAGAACGAGGGCCUGGCCGAGAACGGCCUCCCCCAGGGCGACCCCGAGCCACAGGCCCCCGUACCCAAGCCCCGGACAGUCCCCGUGGCGGACCUGCUGGCCCAGGACGGCAGCGAUGCCGGGUGGGCCCCGGAACAUCGGGAAGAUGAGAUGCCCCAGAAUGGGACUGACCAUGGGCCGCCCCGGUCAGCGGGCCCCAGCCAUGCCCCGCUCCAGCGGCAGCUGUCUGUGACCCAGGAUGACCCCAGCAGUGUGGGGGAAGUGCUCCAUAACGGGCUAGACCGGGAGGAGGACGACGAAGAGGAGGACGACGAUUAUGUGACCCUCAGUGACCAGGACAGCCUCUCGGGCAGCUCCGGCCUCAGCCCCGGCCCCCGGCGGCCCUCGCUGGCCUCCUCGUCUGUGUCUGACGAAUACUUCGAGGUGAGGGAUAGCGCAACCCCUGCCCGGAGGCGCCACUCCGAGCAGGCUAACGGGCCCGCCCCCCUGGCCCGCCGGCAGCUCAGUGCCCCCCACGUGACCCGAGGAACGUUUGGGGGGCCCCUGGGUGGCUCCCCGUGGGCCCAGGGCCAGGAGCGUGACGAGACAAGCACUUCAAGAAGGAUGCGGGCCCCCCGCGCUGCGGACAAGGAAUCACAGGGCCAGCAGCUUCACCAAUACGGAGUGUCCGCCGCAGGGAUGCGGGACAAAGAGGGCUUCCCACGACCGCUGAGGACCCCAGGACCCCCCCGCUUCCGCCCCGCUGCUGACCGUGCCCAGAGUUCUGCCAGGAGAGUGGGCCCGGCCACGGCUAGCCCCGCCCACUGGCCGGCCAAGGGGGGGCCCGCAUCCCGCCCGCUGCAGGAUCCCGGGAGCCCACGGCCAGCCCGUGGCACCCACACGCUGGCCGACAGCCGGGCCCCCGAGGGGCACCUGGGCCCUUUCGGAAUCCCGUUCUCCAAACUGUCCCAGUCGAAGCACCUGAAGGCGCGGACGGGCGGCCAGUGGGCCUCGUCUGACUCCAGGCGGAGGGCCCCGGCCCCCAGGGACCGCAAGGACCCCUAG